GUCUCUCCUAUACUCAUUUAGGCUGCUUGGAAGAGAAGCUGAAGGUAGUUACAGCAUUUAAGAUAAUCCCAUAAAUAAAAGACCUGGACUUUUCAGAAGCUCUAACUUCUAUACAAAAUUGUACGACCGCCAUUCGAACAGGGUGGAUCGGAGUGAAAAAAAUAGAGAGAAAAAACAAGAAAACAUGUUAAGCUCAGGCAUUAAUUUGAGCAUGACUAUAUUAGGUUUUGCAGUGAGCGUAAUGUUCAUAAUGUUCGUGUGCAUUCGGCUGCUGUGCGCCAGGUUGCAUCUCAGAGAUCCAAUUAUACGAAGAAUUGAGUCAUCUUUAUUUCAGCGGGGUUUCGGCGGGUUUGAGCGUGGAUUCAAUGGAGUAGAAGCUGUUAUUGUGGAUACGUUUCCUAUCAUAAAGUACAACCAUGAGAUGUUUACUUCCAUAGAAGAUGCCGUUUGCACAGUAUGCCUUGGAGAAUAUGAAGAGAAAGACAUAUUGCGUGUGUUGCCCACUUGUGGCCAUGCAUUUCAUAUUAAUUGUAUUGAUGUAUGGCUACGACAACACUCGACAUGUCCUGUGUGCCGAUUAUCUCUUCGCACUUCUUUUGAUGAAGGAGCCAUACUGUCUCCAUACUUAACCAUAGCAGCCCAGUCAAGGUAUAGUACCAGAGCAAUUUCAGAGAAUCUAUCAGAAAAUUCCUAUCCCGAGUCAUUCAAUAGCAACCAAUAUCAGUUUGGAGCUAGAGUCCAUGGUCAAGAGUGCUCUGUAAUUUCCUUUUCUUCAGAGCAAAAUCAAUGUGGAAGUGGCUUGCAUGAGAUGGACAAAUUUGAUAAUGAAAAGCAACACAGUUUGUACUAUGUCAGCAAAAACAACCAGGAAGUUGAGGAUCUAUCACCUUUGCAACUAAAUGAUGCUGUAAUCAAUCAUAAUCAAUUUAAAUCUACAGAUCUUACUCAAAUUGUAAUUGAUAAGGAGGACAGCAGGCAUAAGCCUUGUGAAAUUUUGGAGAACAGGAGCAUGGCAGUGGGCAAUCUGAUUGUUGUUCAAGAUAGCCAAAAAAGCUGUGUUUCUGUUCAAACUGAUUCUAAUGAAAUCACUGGGAUUGCACGUUCAUCUGAAGAUCAACUGAAGAAGAAUAUUGGGAGUUAUGUACAGGCUGUUGAAAUGUCUGACAGACUAGGUAAAUUUCACACGGUUUCAACUGCUUCAGGUUUUACUGAAACUGACAUGUCAUCAACCAUAAGUGGGAGACAGAAUGCAGAUGGCAUUGUAUCUACAGAUAAUUCUGGCACAUGUGAAUGUUUGAAAAACAAAUCAAUCUUCUCUCAUAUUGAAGAUGGAAAAUGUACACUUAAAAGCAAGGUUGAUUUUUCUUGAGAGAAUAGCUGAAGAUGGAAGCUUAUUGGCUGUUUGUGAUGUCAGCAGUGGUGACUCAGUGUUCCCAUCUUGAAACGCUAGUUCUAAUACAAUCUAAUGGUUCUCUUAUAUAUUCGUCAUACAUAGAUUAGAUGGCAAUGUUUAUUUGAGAGUUCUGUGAGAAAGGACUUCAAGAAAAGGCUAAACAAGCAAAGCUUAAUUCCAGUGUCCAAGGUAUUUUGUGGCAAUGUGACUGCAUAGAUAGCUCAGGUAGAGUAUUUAUUCACAAUAUGGAUGAAAAUUUUAAUGAAGUCUUUGUUAGUGUUUCCGUACACAUCAUCAUGAUGACUCAUUUUAGCAAGAGGGGUACAAAGAAACUAAAAUACUGAUUUUUAAUGUCAUGGAGCUUCAGAAUUAGAUUUAAGGACUGUACAGCAGUUUUAAUAGCCUGAGAAAAUGCAGAGCUGCACGCCAGCCAGAAACAAAACCUAGACAAGAAGCUUGCUUCUUUUGAUAUUCAGAGCAAUUGAAUGGACGGUGAAGCCCUGGAAAAAGCCCAGUUAAGUGGCCGUCAGUAUCUCCCAAAAAUGAUGCAAAUUCAGGCAACAAUAUCAGCUUGUUGCAUUUUAUCAACAUGUUCAAGGCUAUUCAGAUCCUAAAGUUCUUGGGACAAACACUGAAUGAGCAUUUUGCUACUUUUGAAGACAUUGUAAAUAUAGUUAUUGUGGACCUGGACUAACAAAACACAUUUAAGAAUCCUGUUCUUUUGAAACAUUGAGAUAUGGAUAGUAGCUGGAGCGAUGCCACAACUUUGGAAAGAGAUUUUUGAAACCUUAUGAAUGAUGAAGGGAACUUUUUUGAGACAUGGUAGAAUGACGGAACUGCUAUAAAAACUCCAAGGGUUGCUUAUCAUAUACAAGGUUGCUAAUUGUUCCACAGAGAAGUGAUGGUCUCUAGAAUCUAGAUGAUCUAGAUGGCUUGUACAUAAAGUGGUGAAAUAAAAUGGAUGUUCUCAAGUUUGAGAUCCCAAUUAAGGUACCGUGUUAUCAUAUUUACCAUUUACUUAACAAAGUGUUUUACAUUUUUAA